AUGGCCUCUGAAGAUUACUACAACGACACCAAACGCUUCGAUGGGCAGAGCCCAAUCUCAUCAUACUCCCCCGCCGCCCCGGAACAGCAGCAGACACCCAUGCCUCCUGCGUCGGGGUACAACGCCUACCAGCCACAGUACUAUGCUGGACCUCAAUACCCACCCCAGACUCAGCCUCAAUCUCAGCCUGAGUCCUACUAUCAGAAUCAGUAUCAGCCCACCGGCUACGGCGAACAAUAUCAACAGCCUCCACCUCCUCCUUACUACCAACAACCACACACGGAGCAACCACCAUAUGCCUCCCCCCAGCCAGCCUAUGCUCCCGCUGCUACUGCUACCCCAGAUGGGCCCGUCAACCCCGCCGAUCCCAACGACCGCGGUGUCCUAGGUGCAAUAGCCGGCGGCGCAGCAGGCGGAUACACAGGGCAUCAAGUCCACCAUGGUGUAUUGGGGACCCUGGGCGGAGCUCUGGCAGGCUCGCUGGCUGAAGACGCAAUCAAGAAAAAGACCAGCGAAAAGAAGGAAAAGAAAGAAAAGAAGUCUCGAUUCGGGUUCCACCGUCGUGGCUCUUCUUCCUCUUCAUGUUCCUCCGACUCUGAGAAGGAGGAUAAAAAACCAAAGCCCGCUCCGGCUCCACAGCAACGCAGCGGUAACUUCUCCGCUUCGUCUAACUCUAUCAGUCUACGGGGGAACUAUGAGCUUGUUGCCUCUUGCCGCUCUCGGUCGGGCCACCAGCAUGAGUCGAGGUUACCACUGAGCAGUGUGCUAACGAAUGAGUUUGGGCACUUCAAGUGGAAGCGUAAUGGGAACUUUGGAGCUUCGGCGAGGAAUGCUCGGUUGACGGAGGGAGGGCGCGUGCUCGAGGCGGAAUUGGCAGAUGGACGGGGUGGAUGGAGGCGGGAUUGGAUACGGUUGGAUGAGAGAAUCAGUAACGAUGAUGGGAACUUGGUCUUCUUGGAUUAG